AUGAAAGAGACGGGAAUAUGUCAUGCAAAAUUCCCAAAAGCUUUUUGCCCGGAGACCAACCCAAAUAAGGACGGAUACCCCGAAUACCGGCGAAGGGAUUCAGGCAUAACCAUCACAGUUGGCACUCGCACCGUUGACAAUCAAUGGAUUGUGCCAUAUAAUCCGUACCUUCUCCUGAAAUACAAUUGUCACAUCAACGUCGAAAUUUGCGCUACGAUCAAAAGUUUCAAGUACCUCUACAAGUAUAUUUUUAAAGGCCACGACGUUGCCCUUAUCACUAUGACCGAUUCAAGCGGCAAAAAAAUCCUCAACAUGGAUGAAAUUCAAGCGUUCGUUGAUUCGCGGUACAUUAGCGCCCCGGAAGCGCAUUGGCGGCUCAGCAAGUACGAAAUGCACGCGAUGUCGCAUACUGUAGUACGAAUGCCGGUGCACAAGCCUAACGAACAAGAUGUGUAUUUCGCCGCUGGAGAAGAAGAAACUGCUGUGUAA